UUUUACGAAAAAAAAUGAAUUUAAAACUCAAAUGAAUCCUGAAGCAUCCAUGGUUAAUCUUGUUGAUAAUGAUGAAAUGGAUGAUGAAGUUGAAGUGAAUAUGCCAAUGGGACCUCCCUCAAAAAAGAAACCUUCAACUAGUGAAAGUGGGUCAUCCACCGCUAGUAAUGUCAAAGGUCCUCUUAAUCUCUAUUUCUCGCAAAAACCAAAUGAAAAGAGAAAAGGUGGACCUAUUGAUCUAGAGGCUUCUAGCAAGAUUUUACGGGAUCGUGCUGUAUCUGCUUUUGCUAGAUGGAUGUAUGAUGCAGGAUUGCCUUUCAAUUGUGUUAACUACAUUGAAAGUUUUGGUGAAUUCAUAGAGGCCGUAGGCCAAUAUGGCCCUGGAAUGAAGCCCCCUACCUAUCAUGAGGUAAGAGUUCCUUGUUUAAAAAAAGAGGUGGAAAAGACAAACAAAAUUGUAGAAGAUCAUAAGGUUCAAUGGAAAACGUAUGGUUGUUCUAUUAUGAUGGAUAAAUGGACAGCAAGGAAUGGGAAAAUGAUCAUCAAUGUUUUGGUGAAUUCUCCAAAAGGGAGUGUGUUCCUUGAAUCUCAUGAUGCUAGUGACUCUUCUACUGAUUCAAAUAAGAUGUUUAACUUGUUUGAGAAGACUAUCUUGAAAAUAGGCAAGGAAAAUGUGGUACAAGUUGUGACCGAUAACGCAAGUGAGAACAAAAAAGCGGGUGACAUGUUGAAGGGAGUGUUCCCGCAUAUUUUCUGGACUCCUUGUGCUGCUCAUUGUAUCAACUUGAUGUUUGGUGACAUUUUCAAAGAGGCCCCGUAUUCUACAGUUUUUGGUAAGGCUAUUAAGAUACAUUCUUAUAUCAGUCAAAGGGCACUGUUGUUGAAUAUGAUGAGGAGAUACACAAAGCAAAGAAACUUGGUAAAACCUGCUAAGACAAGAUUCGCAACAGCUUUUUUGACAUUGCAUAGUUUUUAUAUGCAAAAGAAAAAUUUGAGAACCUUGUUUAUGUCCAAUGAAUGGAAUGAGAGUGUCUAUGCAAAGGAAACUCUUGGGAAAGAAGUUGCGAGACACAUCAUCAGUCCAUAUUUUUGGAAUGACACUGUUCAAGCACUUAGAGUUGGUGGUCCUUUAAUUAAUGUACUUCGUAUGGUGGAUGGGGAGAAAAAACCACCAAUGGGCUACAUUUAUGAAGCCAUGGAUAGGGCCAAAGAAAGUAUUGAAAAGGCAUUCAAUUAUGAUGACAGGAAAUAUAUGAAUGUUUUCAAAAUCAUUGAUGCAAGGUGGACGGAUCAACUUCAUCAACCUUUACAUGCAGCUGGACAUAUUUUGAACCCGGGGCUCUAUUAUAAAAAUAAUGAGAUGAAGACUUUAACUGAAGAAGUGUGGUUGGGAUAUCAUGCAUGUGUUGAGAGGAUGAUCCUAGAUAAAACUUUGCAAGACAAAAUAGGGGAUGAGCUUGGUGUGUACAUGAAAGCUGAUGGGCUACUUGGAAUUGAGUCGGCCAUUAGAGCUAGAACCUUAAGGUCACCAGUUGAAUGGUGGAUGCAAUAUGGUCAUAAUGUCCCAAACUUGCAACAAUUUGCUAUUAGAGUGCAAAGUUUAACUUGUAGCUCAUCCGGUUGCGAAAGAAAUUGGAGCGUGUAUGAACAUAUUCAUACAAAAAAGAGAAACAGACUUGAGUUAAAACGCCUGAAUGAUCUAGUGUUCAUCAAAUAUAAUAGAACAUUGGUGCGUCGCUACAAUGCUCGCAAUACCAUUGAUCCAAUUUUAUUGGAUAAUAUUGAUGAUGCAAAUGAAUGGUUAACUGGAGCACCCCAAAAUCAUGAAGAUGAAGAAGUAUAUGAAGGAGAAGGUCUCACUUAUGGUGAAGUUGCUACGGCUAGUGGUGUGGAGGAGAAUAUUUAUGGUUUUAGGGGGAGUACUUUAAGGGGCAAGGAAAAAAGAGUAGCUACAGGUUCAAGUUCAUGUUCAAAAUCAAAUAGAAGUAGAACUCUUGUUGAUGAGUCCUCCGAUGAGGAAGAAGAUGAGGACCAAGUAGAAGUAGAACCCUUGUUGAUGGCACUUCAAGAGUUUGAGGAUCUUGUUGAAGAAUAGGAUUUUGCUCUCUUUGUGAUUUGGUUAUGCAUUUGCUUUAUAUGUUGUUACUUAUGAGGAUUAUUGACUAUCUAGUUACUUUUUA